AUGGAAUCGUGCUUUCCCCCUCUUAAGUCUUUGAGUUUAAGGGACUCCAAAAAGUGCAAAAAACGACUGAGUGAUAAUCAUUCUUUUGAGGAUAAAUCGGAGAAUCAGGAGAAAUUUCAAGUCUUGCAGGAUUUGGAUUUGUAUUAUAUAAGACAGAUUGCUCAUAAUUUAAAGGAAUAUGAUUUGGAGCAAAAAAUCGAGGUGGAAAUAAAAAUGCGCGAAGGCUCGGCGCGACUUUUAGCCGCCGCGAGACACAGAGCCCAGAGUUUAGAAGCAGCACGUGCUCUUUUGACGUCCAAUGAACGUAUGUCUGCUUAUAUGGCGGAAUUGCAACGACGUAAAAAAGAUAUCAACAAAACAAGUGUCUCCGGUAGCGCAGCGCGAGUUUCUUUAUCGGAACUGCGUGUUCCACUGAUGUGGCGUGACUCGGAUCAUUUUAAGAACCGCGGAGAUUACCGUAGAUUCGCGGUGUUUUGUUUGGCAAGAGUUGGAACUGAAAUACACGACACUGCACUUAUUUGUCCAGUUGAUCGCGCUCAAACUGACAUUACUUUUCCUGACGUGUUGCUCUUCAAUAACGUGCCAGCAGACUUUGAAUUGACGUUGGAAAUCUACAGCCAUAUUUUGCAAGAAGAUUUAAGCAUUGCAAGUACUCCUCGUCGGAUUAAACGGACUAUUCAUUCGUCGAUUUCUAAAACUGUUGGGAAAAAACUUGCCGCUUCGUUGAAAGAUGAAUUAAAUUCUGGGGACCACAAUUUGAAUUGAUGGCGUCUGCUAAAUUAACUGUAGACGAUACCGAAGAAAAUAUCCAUACUCAUGAUUUAAUAAUCAAUAAUUUGGAAAACAAACACCACGCGUUGCCAUUAUUCGGUCACUUUUGCUGUCGACUUGCGGCGCAAUUAGACUGCAUGACAAAGGACGUCCACACGGGCACAAUCAGUAUAAAUAACAAGAAAUGCUGGGCAAGACUGAGGAACUUUACGCUGAAUGCCUGGGAGUCUCGAAAGUUGGCAGAAGACGAGCAGCCUCCAAUCCACAGCGUUCCGAUAAACCGCGAAACCGUGAUACAGAAGCCCUCGAGCUCGGGGAAGGAGAUCAGGGUGAGUAACAACGUGGACGGCUGCGAAAAUACUACCAGUAUAAAGCUCGAGUCGACAGAGGAAGCCCAGAAGUGGCUCAGACACCUCACUGACCACGUUGAGGACCACUUGAGGUGGAAACACGCCGCGGAAAGUGUACAGCAGGUGCCUUAUAUCGAGAGCACUAGGAACUCUUUUAUCAGCAAGAGACAAGGCUCUCUUUAUGAUGAAACUCCGCUUAUUGAAACUGUGAGAACAGAUUAUUCAACGCGACCAACAGUACAACAAAUAUUUGGACUGACCCCUAGCACUAGCUUGAGCAGCUGCAGCAGCAACAGCCCCCCUAGUUUAAGAUCCCGUUCUUUGAGCACCAGUGGUACAACAAAAUUAAGUGCCAGCACUCUCAAAUCCCAUUGGCCAUUUUCCAAUAAAAAUAAUUAA